AUGGCUUCGACAACAAACAAUACUCCAAUUGAUACUGUAAUCUUAGAUAUUGAAGGAACAGUAUGUCCAAUAACUUUUGUUAAAGAUACUUUAUUUCCUUAUUUCAUUGAAAAAUUACCAUCAAUUUUACAAAAAUUCCAAUACCCUUUACCAACUACCACAACUUCUGAUAAUGAUGAUGAUGAUGAUGAUGAUCCAGUUUUAAAUAUAUUAAAACAAUUACCAGAAAAUAUUAUUCAAUCAUGGGAAUCUAUUUUUAAUCAUUUUAAAAAUUUAGUUGAUCAAGAUAUUAAAGAUCCAAUUUUAAAAUCAUUACAAGGAUUAAUUUGGAAACAAGGUUAUGAAAAUAAUGAAUUAAAAGCUCCAAUUUAUCAAGAUUCAAUUAAAUUUAUUGAAUCAUUUCCAACUGUCAAAUCAAAAGAUAAUCAAAGAAAAAUUUAUAUUUAUUCAUCAGGUUCAAUAAAAGCACAAAUCUUAUUAUUUGGUCACGUAAAAAAUUCUUCAACAUCAACAACAUCAUCAUCAAUUGAUAAUGAUACUAUUGAUUUAAAUGAUAAAUUGAAUGGAUAUUUUGAUAUUACUACAGUUGGGUUCAAAAAUCAAUCAAAUUCAUAUAUAAAAAUUUUACAAGAAAUAAAUAAAUCUCAAUAUCCUCAAUCAGUAUUAUUUUUAAGUGAUAAUAUUAAUGAAGUUAAUGCUGCCAUUAAUGCUGGUAUGAAAAGUUAUAUUGUUAUUCGUCCUGGGAAUUCACCUAUAAAUGAUGAAGAUAAAAAAUUUCAUAAAAUUAUUUACUCAUUAGAUGAAUUGGAUUUAUAG